AUGCCUCCAUCUUCGAACGUCAACGUUUCCCACAUACAUUACCUUGCCACGAAUAGUCUCUCAGCAUCAGUACUGCUGCUGCUGUACACGGUCUGUCGGCGCAUCGCGUGUGUUCGUCAGAUCAAGGGACUGGACCAGGAGCUCGUCAAGUACCGUAACGCGCUCAAGAAGGCCAAGGGUCCCACGGCGACGAACAUCAAGAAGCGCGCCAUGGAGACCCUGAAGCGAAAGAAGAUGUACGAGGGGCAGAGGGACCAGAUGGCCGGGCAGCAGUUCAACAUCGAGCAGACAGGCUUCGCGAUCGACUCCAUCAAGGACACAGCUACAACGGCAAGCUUUUUUUUCUCGUUCUUGGUUUGUCUUUAAGUCUUGGUGCAGAGCGUGGGUGGGAGGGAUCUAGUGAGAUGGAUCGAAAAGCAAAUGCCGAUUGGUCCCAUGCAUGCAUCAUGAACUCGCGUCUCUUUACGUUCGGCAGAGUGUGUGCUUCACCUGGGACACAUUCACACAGAGAAUGAGAUACAGACAGGGACAGACAGACACAGAGACAAGGGACGACACGAGAGGCAGGGACAGAUGCAAAGAAAAGAUAGUUUUCGGGUGGUGGUGGUCUCUGCUGUUUCCUGACAAAUGGGCCGGUGCCGUUGUCAGUGCUUGAUGUUCUGUUCCACCCCAACACCCAAUUGCAGCACUAGGAACCUCGCUCCGACGGUAUGUUUUCCAUUCCUGCACCCAAAGCACUCCUUCUCGAAGACCCGCCUACUACAUGUACGGUACAUUAGCAAUCAAAGCGUCUACCUUUUUUUGUGCCAGGGGGCACUUUCGUGGUGGUGUGUUCAUUU